CAGGUUUAGAGGCGGAUCUUGGGUCUUCCUUCCUCCAGACUAUGGGGUGCUGCUGCAGCGGUGGCGACUGAAGCAGGUUUCCAUCUCAGUGGCAUGACCAUGCAGCUAGGCCCAGCCCUAGUGCUGGGGGUGACCCUGUGCCUGGGGUGUGGCCAGUCCUUGCUACAGGUUCCUGAACGCCCCUUCUCUGUGCUGUGGAAUGUACCCUCAGCACGCUGUAAGGCUCGCUUUGAUGUGCACCUACCACUCAGCGCCCUGGGAAUCAUAGCCAACCAUGGCCAGCAUUUCCAUGGCCAAAAUGUUACCAUCUUUUACAAGAACCAGUUUGGCCUCUAUCCCUACCUUGGGCCCAGGGGCACAGUUCACAAUGGGGGCAUCCCCCAGGCUGUGCCUCUAGAUCGUCACCUGGCAGAGGCUGCCCACCAGAUCCGCCACAGCUUGGGACCCAGCUUUGCUGGCCUGGCAGUGCUGGACUGGGAGGAGUGGUGUCCACUCUGGGCUGGAAACUGGGGUCGCCGUAAAGCCUACAAGGCAGCCUCCUGGGCUUGGGCACAGCGUGUGUUCCCUGAUCUGGACCUUCAGGAGCAGCUCCACAAAGCCCAUACUGGAUUUGAGCAGGCAGCCCGUGCACUGAUGGAGAGCACCCUGCAGUUGGGCCAGGCACUGCGGCCCUAUGGGCUCUGGGGUUUCUAUCGAUACCCAGCCUGUGGCAAUGGCUGGCACCGUAUGGCUUCAAAUUACACAGGCCACUGCCAUGCAGCCACCCUGGCCCGCAACACCCAACUGCAUUGGCUCUGGGCUGCCUCCAGUGCUCUCUUUCCCAGCAUCUACCUCCCACCCAGGCUGCCACCUGCCUACCACCAGACUUUUGUGCAACACCGGCUGGAGGAGGCCUUCCGUGUGGCCCUCGCUAGGUACCCACAUCCUCUGCCUGUCCUAGCUUAUGUCCGCCUCACACACCGGCACUCUAGGAAGUUCCUAUCCCGGGAUGACCUGGUACAGACCAUUGGUGUGAGCGCAGCACUAGGGGCAGCUGGCGUGGUUCUGUGGGGGGACCUGAGUUUCUCCAGCUCUGAGGAGGAGUGCUGGCAUCUCCAUGACUACCUGGUGGGCACUCUAGGACCCUAUGUGAUCAAUGUGACCAGAGCAACUAUGGCCUGCAGUCACCAGCAGUGCCAUAGUCAUGGGCGUUGUGCCCGGCAAGACCCAGGACAAAGGGAAGCCUUUCUGCACAUGCAGCCAGAUGGUAGCCUUGGAUCUUGGGAGUCCUUUAGCUGCCGCUGUUACCAGGGCUGGGCUGGUCCCACCUGCCAGGAGCCCAGACCUGGGGGCAGACCUAAGGAAGCAGCAUAAAGUCAGAAGUCUCUGCCCUUGUUUCUUUGCCUCUUGCCACUUUCCUGGUCCUGUAAGAACUAUCUGCUCUAUUCAACUUGCAGUCAACU